UCUUAUAGGAUGCUCAUUUUGUUUCCAAAUGCCACGGCUCGUAAAUUACUGAUGAUGCUGAUAUUUAUCUUUGUUUUCUGGGCCAUUUACAUGGUCUCAAAAGAAAUGAAGGCUAAUUUAUUUUUCCGAAGGUCCAACAUGGGAGUUGAAUUGAUGAAAAACUUUAUCUCCAUCGAGGUCUUACAAUGUAAUAGUAAGCCUAUUGUAGGAAAGAAGUGCAAGGUUGGGAUGAAGACACCUUUCCCCAGGGGUCAGCUCCGAAAAAGGUGGAUUACAGCAUUUUGCAAACAGAUCGAGUUAAAUGAAACAAAAAAUAUAAACGACCGCUUGAAGAGAAAACUCCCUUUCACGGGAGAUCCAGCACUGCGGCAGUGGAUGACCUGCUUACGUAAAGUUCUGAAAACCUUAAAAUAUUUUGACCAUCGUGGAACUGGGAUCUUUAAACCAUGUGCUCUGGAUGCCGAAAUUUUGAUUCAGUGGAAAAAGCAUGGUCCAUAUAUUCCCACAAACCUAUUCUCUGUGAAAGCUGAAAGUAUCCCAUGAGGAAUUGACCAGGUAGCAGGAGACAGUCACACAGCUAUUGUCAUUACCCUUGGCUGGCACCUCGGACCCUUUCCCAUCAGUGUUUUCUUCUGUAGGGCUAUCAAUGUCUAAAAGGCCAUUGAAUGUCUGUUCUUGCAAAGCCCAGAGACCAAGGUGGUUCUUAGAACUGCAAACACCAGGGAGCUGUGUCUAAAUGCAGAGCUGUGUAGUGACUUUCAUGGUUAUACUCAGGAUCUUAUCAUGAGGGGUAUUUUUGUGGAUCUCAGCGCAGGUAUUAUUGACGCCUGGGACAUGACUAUCACGUAUGGCACGAAUAAUACCCAUCCACCUGAUGAUGUGAUUGGAAAUCAGAUGAACAUGUUUCUAUAUUUGUUAGAGGAAAAAUACAAAAAAGCAGCACUGGCCACUCUCUAUAGAUGGCCUCACUUAUACUGCAAGGGAGGCCCACUUCAGCGUGCUGCUCUCGGGCCAGCGGGACAGCCCGCGUCCCGGCUGGAUUCUCGGGCCUCGCCUCUGGGCCGCCCGCACGGCGCCAGGACUUGCCGCCUGUGCUGCCAGAGUGGAGCCGGGGAGCUUCAGCACCUUACGCUUCCAGAAGGCCAGUGCCAAGGCUGCGGGCUAUCUGGGGAGAACACCCAGCUGGCCGCCCCGAGGAACAUCACCACAGUGACGCAGAGCCAGGCCCAGCCAGGCCACGCGGAGAGGCAGAGCUACGCAGGCCUCGGUGGAGCUUACGCAUGGCAGCAGAAAGUGUGGCGAGGGUUCAGCAGUUGGUUCUCCAGGCCUCGUUUUCGACAUUCUGAGAUCCCAGAACAGAAGGCACUGAGGGAUCCUCAAGAACUGCUGCUCAUCACCACACACACGCACACUCACUCACUCAUUAUGUUGAGACUAGAAGAAGCCAAGAAACACUUCAAAGGCCAAUCGGAGGUGGAGGAGUGGUCGGACACGUACACCGUGACCAGUCAGCUGGUGCUGAAGGUGCGCAGGGAGGACGAUGGUGUGCCCGUCAUCUGCCAGGUGGAGCACCCCGCCGUCACGGGCAGCCUGCAGACCCAGCGCUCCCUAGAAGUGCAGUGUGAGCACCUGCGUCGGGCCAUUCUCGCCGUGGCAACAAAAUAUCACAGACGGAGGGGCCGGCAGCUUAGAAACAUCAGAAAUGAAGAAACAGAGAUAUGGAAACUAGGCCUGGUUUGCCCAAGGAACGGGGAACUAGCCACCUAA